AUGCAAAAUCUUUAUCUUCGGGCCGAUUCUAAAAAUCAAUACAAUGUACAUACUCUUCACGAAGGGAUUGACUGGGGGUUAGUCCAAAAAACUGAUCCAGCAAUGCUUCGAGAGACCCAGGAUUACGAUUCGAUGCAAGAAUUCAUUAACAGCUUUACUUUUGCAAAUUUAAAUGACAACGAUCGUCGAAUGUUUGGAAAUCCACUUUGUUCACAACUUAUUGAGAACUUACAGACAACAGUUAAAUACAUGUUUGAUUGUCAGGAUUAUUUAUUAGACGAAAUACACAGAUUAAAGCAAACAAAUAGAGCAAUGAAGAAGAAAAUUAAAUUAUUAUAUGAUUCAAAGGAAAGAGACCAAGCACUUUUGAGAGAUGCUUAUCAUGAAUACGAAAAAUGCCCUGUAUGCGGCAAAAAGUUCCAGGCACUAAAGUAUGUCGAUCAGCAUAUCCAAAAAGUACAUCCCUCUCAUAUCGACGCAUGGACAUCUUUAAGGGUUGAUCAUCCUCUUCCUCAAAAGGCUGAAGCAGAGAAGUUAAAGAAGGAAAUUGAUAUGCUCAAAACAACAUUGUUCGAACAAACCCGUGCAUUUACUGCAACAAUGGAGAAAUUCAGACUCCACGCUCAAGCAAUACAUAAACACGAUGAAGAGAAGGCAAAGACUCAAGUUCCUAAACUCGACUUCUACGAAUACAACCCGAAGAUGCAAACACAACCUCAGCCAUUUGAAACUGUUAAAUCUCGCAUUCCAUUAACUCAGAACGUUCUUACAGUCGAAUUUGAUAGCAGCCUUCUUACAAGCUCUGAUGAGGGCGUACUUGAUAUUGACGAAGAAAUCAGAAAGAUUAAUAAAUCAGUUUCAAAGAAAGUUAAUGAAAUCAGACUUGGUCAUCCAGUUAAUUAUAUCACUCCAAGGCAGACAGCACAGAUACUCGAUUAUCAAAAUGAAAAGUAUCAGAGAAUCAAGAGAGCAGCAAGGAAACAACUUCAUAAUGAUUUUCCACUUCAAACGAAAGAAAAAUCGAAGAGUCAAGAAAAAAGCAAAUCAUUGAAGAGCUCAUUAACAACAGAAACAGAAAAAGAUCAAGAGAAACCACUUGACCAAUCAAGACCGAUCAAACAACAAGCUUCAUUAAGUUCUUUGUCCAAUUCUACUCUUGCUUCGUAUUCUAAUAUGAAAGCAAAAGAAUCACAAUCAAAGAAAUCGAUUUCUAACUCAUCAUUAUCCACUCACGAAGAUGAUUCAAUUUCAGAUCAAUUUCUUGUCGAUGCAUAA